AUGACCUUGACAUUCUAAGGAGAAUAACAGAAACAAUUACUGUGAUCAUAAAUCAAACAAAUCACACAUUUUAUGUAGUCGAUGGAGUAGUUUUAGUUUUCAUAGAUGCAUUCGGGAAAUUUGUUCUCCAAAUGUGGGUUUUGAACAAUUCGCAAAGUGAAAGUAAAACCGGAAGUGGAGCUGAAAUUACCGCGGGAUAUUUUUUUUAUUAUGUAAACAAACAUUAACACGUGCAAUAUUUAUUUUCGCUUUCUCUGCAUGUUUACAGUUAGAAACUUCAAAAUUUUGCAGAGCACAAGGACAAUUCGUUUUAUUAUGACUGACACACAUGAAUCGAAGUAUUUCAAUUCACCUAGUGUUACCAGAUCCCAACUUUUCAAAAGGACUGAGAGCUCCCAAAAAUGCAACAAAGAGGCAAAUGAUGCGAUCAAAACGCUUAAACGAAAAGUGAAGAAGGAGAAAGUAGAGAUCAAAUAUGAGACUGAUACCAGUUAUAAUAACGUAGGAGCAAUCAAGAAAGAGAAAUGGGAACCAUCUACUUGGAGAGAUCAGUUAAAAAAUAUACAUGAAAUGAGAAAAAACAGAGAUGCACCAGUUGAUUCCAUGGGAUGUGAUGUUAUAAGCGAUGUAACAGCUAAACCAGAGGUGUACAGAUACCAAGUGUUGUUGUCCUUGAUGUUGUCCAGUCAAACCAGGGACCAGGUUACAUCAGCAGCAAUGUCAAGGUUACGGGAACAUGGCUGUACCAUUGAUAACAUUCUUAAAACAGACGAUCAAAAGCUUGGUCAGCUAAUUUAUCCAGUUGGCUUUUGGAAGAGAAAAGUAGAGUACAUUAAAAAGACUAGUCAAACACUGUUAGACCAAUACAAUGGUGAUAUCCCUAAAACUGUGGGAGACCUUUGUAAACUAACAGGAGUUGGACCUAAAAUGGCCUAUCUAGUGAUGAAGUGUGCUUGGAAUGAAAUACAGGGGAUAGGAGUGGAUACACAUGUACAUAGGAUCUCUAACAGAUUAGGAUGGCAUCAAAAACCUACAAAACAACCAGAAGAUACAAGAAAAAGCUUGGAGGAUUGGUUGCCAAGAGAAUUAUGGUCGGAGAUAAAUCACUUGUUAGUUGGAUUUGGGCAACAGACUUGUCUUCCUGUGUAUCCAAAAUGUUCUGAGUGCUUAAAUAAACAGAUAUGUCCGUAUGGGAGAAGUUACAAAUCUCCUAAGAAGUCACCUAAGAAACUUCCAAAGACAGAAAUCAAAAAAGAAGAACCUGUUUGAAAUGUAUAUUUUGUGUAUAAAUAAAUUGAAAAAUGUUU